AUGAGUUCGCCUUCGCUCAUUGGUGCCGUUGUCCUCGACAUCGAGGGCACCACGACCUCUAUCUCGUUCGUGGCCGAUGUGAUGUUCCCCUAUGUGAGGCGCAACUUGCAGACCUACCUCGACCAGCACUGGGACGAGGCGCAGCUUCAAGCCGACGUCAAGCUCCUCCGCGAGCUGUCCCAGGAGGACGCCAAGAACGGCGUCGCAGGUGUGCCGGUGAUCCCCGAGGAGGGCGACAAGGCCACCGCCUUGGGCAAGGUCGUGAAGAACGUGACGUGGCAGAUGGACCAGGACCGGAAGAGCACCGCCCUCAAGGCUCUCCAGGGCCACAUGUGGGAGAGCGGAUUCGCUUCUGGCGAGCUCAUCGGCGAUGUGUAUGAGGACGUGAUCCCCUUCUUGAAGCGUCUUGACGAGCUCAUGAUCCCCACCUACAUCUACUCGUCCGGCUCGGUGCACGCCCAGAAGCUGCUCUUUGGCCACACCGCCGCCGGCGAUCUGCUGCACUUCUUCAAGGGCCACUUCGACACCACCAUCGGACUCAAGGUCGAGUCGCCCAGCUACGACAAUAUCACCAAGGCCAUCGGCGUCGCCCCCGAGCACACGCUCUUCGCCACCGACAACAUCCUCGAGGCCUACGCUGCUGAGAAGGCCGGCUGGCACGCCGCCCUGGCCGACAGGCCCGGAAACAAGGCUCUGCCCGAGGGCCACCACUUCCCAGUGGUGGACUCGCUCUACAAGCUCCUCGAUGGCACCGACAAGUUCGCCUUCCCCAAGGACGUUCAGCGGGUCCCCAGAGUGGGCAUCGCAGUGAUCGUCGCCCGGCGUAGCGACAACAAGGUGCUCGUGGGGAAGCGCAAGGGAUCGCACGGCCAAGGCUGCUACGCUCUUCCCGGUGGGCACCUCGAUUUCGGCGAGUCGUGGGAGGAGGCCGGGCGGCGGGAGGUGAUGGAGGAGACCGGCCUGGAGCUGGGCGACGACUUCAAGUUCGCGACGGUGGUGAACGUGGUGGCCUACAACCUGCACUACGUCACGCUCUUCUUCCUGGCCCACCGACGGAGCGAGGAGCAGGAGGCGGAGGUGAUGGAGCCCCACAAGUGCGAGUCCUGGGAGUGGGUCGAUUGGGACGCCUUCCCGCAGCCCUGGUUCUCCAGCAUUCGACUGCUGAAGGAGGACCGAUGGUCGCCGUUUUCGUGA